UGUCAAUCAUCGCACUGGGUCCGUACCUCUGCGCGUCAUCGAUAUCAGAGCUCUGCCAUCGACGCACGGUCUUAACCACCAACACCAAGCAGCUUAGCAAAAGCUACACUUUCAUCUGAAGUGUGCUCACUAAACUUAACAUAUUCAAUAUUUAUCUUUUGAAAUGAGGAUGUGAAUUGACUUAUCCCGUAAUACAAUUUUAACGUUUGUAUUUUGGAAGUAAGCAUCUUGGUAACGAGAAAGAGAAAUCCUUUUACACAAUGUAAUGGCGUAUGCUGCUAAGAGUCCUGACUGGACCAAUAUGAGGACUGUCCAGUUAUUCUUUGUCUGUGUGAUUUUGACCGGAAGUGUGGCAGUAGACCCACUGCUGGUGCAACAAAAAACCCCACCCACUCUGAAUGACUGCACAGGACCGGAUGUUUUCAUGUGUGACCAGAAAGACUGCAUUCCUAACCAACUCAAGUGUAACGGGGUCAACGAUUGCACGAACGGCCUUGACGAGGAUAUAGCUACCUGUGGCUGUCUAAGCACGGAGUUCCAGUGUAACAGUACGACCUGUAUCGACCUGAUCCGACGCUGUGACAGGACCGAGGACUGCAGUGACGGUCUGGACGAGAAGGACUGUAUUACCUACGCCUGUCCUCCUACUCACGGGAAAUGUAAGAAUCACUACUGUGUACCACGUGACAACUUCUGUGACAUCGAGGACAACUGUGGAGACAACAGCGACGAAGUCAAUUGUGCUUACCCAGAAUGCUAUGCCACUCAGUUUGAAUGUCGGAACAAACAGUGCGUGAACCUUGAUCUUCUGUGUGACGGGUUCAAGGACUGCUUCGACGGAAGUGACGAGGAAAACUGCGAUCGGUACCACCGCUGCGGCUCCGGUUUCUAUAGAUACCAGAGCAGCGUAUGUGACGGGUUCCAGGAUUGUGCCGACCAAUCAGAUGAGUCCAAUUGCACAGAAUCGUGCGAUGAUGGCUUCCGGUGCAGAAAUGGGCGUUGUCUGGGAAAAGCCAAUCACUGCGAUUGGUUCUGCGACUGUGGAGAAAGCUGUGAAGACGAGAUGGACUGUGGGGCGUCGGUGUGCCGCUUGGGGGAGUCGUUCCCGUGUAAGUUACUAUACGAGCUGAGGGUGGAACGGUGUAUUGACAAUCAGUACCUGUGUGACGGCCACAAUGACUGCUACAACAACGAGAGGGGCUCCGACGAAAUGUUUUGCCUGAACAAGCUUCAACAGGGCUAUAACGCUACUAACCUUGAUUGUCGAGAUUUCGGUCGGGAUUACUUUCCUUGUCCAGAGGGGCGCUGCAUUCCCCGGAAGUCGCUGUGCGAUUACUUCAUUGAUUGUCAAAAUGGCGAAGACGAGGACACAAAAUUGUGUGAGAAGUUUUUCCGACGAUGCACAGAGGCGGAGUUCCGGUGCAAGAACAGCCAAUGUGUGAACGCGUCUCUCCGCUGUGACGGACGGGCGGACUGUUUUGACGGCUCAGAUGAGGAGGAAUGUGAUAAAAUAAGUUGUCCCCCUGGCUACAGACGCUGUAAAAGUGGGCCAUGUAUACCGGAAGUCCAAUGGUGUGAUUACUUCCGGGACUGUCCGGAUGUUUCUGAUGAAACAGACUGUGUUCGCCAGGCCUGCAAUCACAACGAGUUUACGUGCAACAAUGGGCAGUGUAUCGAUUCCAAGUUUGUGUGCUACAAGCCGGCCGACCGACGGAAAGGUUGUGCUGACGAGUCCAACCUUUAUCUCAACCAAUGUAAGAAAUCGAACUGUUCUUCCGGUCAAUUUAAGUGCCGGAACUCCUACUGUAUCGACGAGGCGGUCGUGUGUGACCACACUAUCGACUGCCCCCUCAAUUCCUACUGGGACGAGCUAGGCUGUCCUGCACCCUGUCCUUACCUGUCCAGGGAGUGCGUGUGUCGCACGGACGAGAUCGACUGUCGGGGGAAGGGACUCAAACAACUUCCGGCGGAUCUACCCCAAGAGCACAACGUGGCAAAAUUUUUCUUGAGUGAUAAUUUCCUAAACAACUCUUUGGAUAACACUUCCUUCCUGAUUUACUCCAAAGUUGUAUACCUCGAUCUGGGCAACAACUCUUUGAAGCAGAUUCCCGUGGGAAUGUUCCGGAACUUGUUUCGACUCGUGUCUUUAAACUUGGAGAACAAUAAGCUCAGUGAACUUGAAGAAGGGUCCUUCGUCGGCCUGUAUAAUCUGAGAAGCUUAUAUCUGCGGGGCAAUCAGAUCCAGGAAAUAUUCCCGUACGCCUUGACGGGACUCUCCAAACUGUUGACUCUGGACCUGAGUGGACAACAACUACGCUCGCUGUACAAGCUUGGAUUUGUGGGGCUUAGGAGCGUGUCGCGACUCGAUCUGUCCGGGAAUCGGAUUGAGUACGUGUAUGGCGGGUCAUUUAGCGGCCUAGACAGUCUUCUGACCCUGGACCUCUCGGACAACCGUAUCUCCUUCAUAGACGGCAAUGCCUUCAGCGGACUGGCCAAGUUAUCCCGACUCGAGGUUGAUGAGUUCCGGUUCUGCUGUCUAGCCCGGGACGUCCAGCAGUGUCUCCCGGAACCGGAUGAGUUCUCCUCGUGCGAGGACCUGAUGUCUAACUAUCUCCUCCGCAUCACCAUCUGGAUCCUGGGAACAGUGGCGUUCUUUGGGAACCUGCUGGUCUUUAUCUGGAGAGUGAGGGAUGACAGAAAUGGAAAGGUGCACUCCUUCCUGAUCACUAACCUAGCGGUGGGCGACUUCUUUAUGGGCGUGUACCUGCUGAUCAUCGCUGUGGUGGAUAGCUAUUACAGGGGGGAGUACAUCAUAUUCGACAGGUCGUGGCGGGAGAGUGAGUUGUGUAAGUUCGCGGGUUUUAUCUCCACGUUUUCCAGUGAGCUGUCCGUCUUCACGCUCACCGUUAUCACCUUGGAUCGCUUGAUCUGCAUUAUAUUUCCAUUAAAACUGAAACGCCUGGGGAUUAAACAGGCGUCUGUUGUGAUGCCGUGUAUUUGGAUUGUAGUGAUUGUUCUUUCCGGGAUUCCGUUGUUUGGUUUGGAUUAUUUUGACAAUUUCUAUGGAAGAUCCGGUGUCUGCCUGGCGUUCCAUAUAACGCCGGAUAAGCCAAAAGGCUGGGAAUACUCUGUGUUCGUGUUCCUCGUGUUGAACUUUUUAUCUUUUUUAGUUAUCUUUAUUUCGUACUUAUGGAUGUUUCUAGUAGCCAAACAAACUACCACAGCUGUCAGGAAAUCCAAAGCCAAGUCCGAUAACUCGAUGGCCAAAAGAAUGACACUAAUCGUCAUGUCGGACUUUUUCUGUUGGGUUCCCAUUAUCCUCCUCGGGUUCGCGUCCCUUGGCGGGGCAACCGUUCCACCACAGGUGUACGCGUGGGUGGCAGUUUUUGUUCUGCCUCUGAACUCCGCCAUGAAUCCAGUGCUCUACACAAUAUCCACAGCCCCUUUCAUGAGAAAUAUUAGGAAAAGAGCCUCGCGCUUUCGGAAAUCCUUUACAGGGUCAUCAAGAAAUAAUGAUACCAAGAAUUCGUUCAUAGAGAAUUCCUCUCAGAUCUGGAAUCGUAAUUCCAUGUACCGACAGCUGGAGCUGACGCGGCUGCGCGGGCUGAAGAAGACGUACACCAAUCACCACGACAAAGCCACGUCACGCCUCGCUUCCUAAAUCGCUCUCCUGUUUUAGGAGGCAAAAAUCUCACGCAACAUUUAAAAUCGUGGCGAUACUCAAAAAAGACCUAACAUUUGUUGAUUGUAUAAGCUGAAUUCAUAACAAAGUCAGUGGUUCAUAUUGAUUCGUGUAAGAUCUGCUCUACUCUUUUGUCGCUGAUACCAGUGGCUUUGUUUUAGACCAUCACACCCUUUAUAACAACAGAUGUGUGCCCGGCACGCUGAAUAUUCCUUAACCAUAGUCAAUAUAUUUGUUGCAAAUGGCACUGGAGGUCUAAGCUUCUCUUAUACAUAUCUAACUGGACAUACAACAAACGUGAUUUGACGUCAACAUAACGGGAGAUAUAUUAGUACAACUAAACUUGUAAGUUUAGUCAACAAUAAACGUUCGAAAGACCAUCAUCAAACAUUUUACGCAUGCGCUGUGACAACCAUACAGUGAGUUGAACAAGCAAGUCGUACGUAAUCUGUAAUAAAUGUGACUGAUGCUUGGAGGGUGUGUGUCCGCCGUCUUUUUGUAUCUGAUGACUGGUACAUUAUUCAUCAGUACAUAGGUACUUGUGUGGAGUUUCUACCUGUGUUAUAAUGAUUUAGUUUACUCCAUUCACUAUAAUGUGGAGUACUAACUUGUACGUGUUACACUUACAAUGAAUAUGGCUUUCAGUUAUUACGCUUUGUUGAAUGUUGCUCAAAAUUGUAAAUUAUUCUGAGACUUCUAUACUUUACAUUAAGAGAACAAACUAGAUAUUCAGUAACUUAAAAUUAUAUUUGCAAAAAUCAUAACAUUUUCCUACCACCUUCAAAAUGUAAAAAGGUGGCGGAAUGUACAUUCAGAAUAAGGUUGGAAUGAUGUAUGUGAGAUGUGAUGAAUAAAUUCUGACAUUUUGUAUUUUGUGCCCAUCUGUUAAUUGAUGGUAAUAAAAGUAACAUGUACUCAAUUAAUUAAAAAACUGAAAAAUGA